GUUGGUUCACCUGGCCAUUAUCCACUGUGUCCCAGCUGUGGCACUAUGCUGCAUUGCUCAGCUGCCCAGGGAGGUGCUGGAGAUCCAAAAUGAUCUUUUCCAGACCCCACUUCACCUCGCCGUGUACCUGGAGCAGCCCAGUGUGAUCCAGGCGCUGAUCCACAAGGGAGUGAACCCCCGGCUGCAGGACCGCAACGGUAACACCCCGCUGCACCUGGCCUGCGAGCAGCAGUGCCUGCAGUGCGCCCAGCAGCUGCUGCAGGGCACGGCCCCGACCGACAGCACGGUUCCGACCGACCCCACGGUCCCAAAUGAUGGCAUGACCCAGCCCCAUGGGCACCACCAGGACCUGCAGCUCCAGAACUGGCAGGGUUUGGCCUGUCUGCACAUCAGCACCUUGAAGGGGAACAUCCCGAUGAUGUCUCUUCUGCUGGAGAGUGGCGCCAACAUCGACGUUCGGGAGGGCACGAGUGGGAAGACCCCAUUGCACCUGGCCGUGGAGUGCCACAACCGCAGGGCCGUCCAGUUCCUGCUGCGCAACGGAGCGUACGUGGAUGCCCAGAUGUACAACGGGUGCACCCCACUCCACCUAGCCGUGGGCCGCAGGGAUGCGGCCAUCGCUGCCAUCCUCUCGCACUCCGGGGCUGACACCUUGCUGAGGAACAUGGAGAAUGAGACGGCCCAGGACCUGGCUGAUGGCAACGACGAUCUCCUCGCCUUGCUGCCCUUUGAUGACCUGAAGAUCUCGGGGAAGCCUGUUGUGUGCUCCGAAUGA